UGUAAGCGAAUGUAAUCAUUGUCACGCGCGUUUGUCAUGAUUUUAAUGUAAAAAGUGUUUGUUAUUGCAAAAAUCUUGAUUUUAGAUCAUAACUUCUAGAAUUCAAAAUGCAAAGAGUUAUUAAUAACGUUAAAGGGACUGCGCUCAACGUCGCUGAAUUUUUUACACCCGUAUUAAAAGAAUCGAAAUUUAAAGAAACUGGUGUGCUGACUCCAGAUGAGUUUGUCUUUGCUGGUGAUCAUCUGGUCCAUCAUUACCCAACAUGGCAAUGGGCAAAAGGAGAUGAAGCUAACUUAAAAUCUUAUUUGCCUCCAGAUAAGCAGUUUCUUGUUACGAGAAAUGUACCCUGUUACAAACGUUGUAAGGAAAUGGAAUAUACUGAGCACCAUGAGGAACUUAUUGAAACUGAUGAUGAUGAUGGUGGUUGGAUUGAUACUCAUCACUAUUCAGAUGGUGCAAUUGCAUCAAUAGCAGACCAGGUUCAAGAAAUGACUAUGGAACCUAAAGAAACUGUUUCUAGACCUAUAGGAAGACCAACAGAUAAUUUGCAGAAUGAUGAUGAAGAGGACGAUGAUGAUGAGGAAGAAGAAGCCUUAGAUAUGAAUGCUUUUAUGCAAAGUGGAAUGCUUGAAAAUGAAGAUAAGGCUACGUUGGAUAUUUCCACAGCUAUAAAACCCAACGAAAGUCAAGAUUCGAAUAUGGCUUCUACUGAAACAGGAAUUGUUCCCACUCGUACAUAUGAUUUAAAUAUUACUUAUGAUAAAUAUUAUCAAACUCCAAGGUUGUGGCUAUUUGGUUAUGAUGAGAAUCGCAAGCCUCUAACGAUAGAAGAAAUGUAUGAAGAUAUAAGCCAAGAUCAUGCGAAGAAAACUGUUACAAUGGAAACUCAUCCACAUCUGCCUGGACCUCCACGAGCAUCAGUUCAUCCAUGCAGGCAUGCAGAAGUGAUGAAAAAAAUUAUUCAAACAGUGACUGAAGGAGGAGGAGAUCUUGGUGUUCACAUGUAUUUAAUAAUAUUUUUAAAAUUUAUGCAAGCUGUGAUCCCAACAAUUGAAUAUGAUUACACUCAAAACUUUUCUUUUGAAUAAUGAAAACAGCAAACGCAAAUCCCAUGUAAAUACAGAAAAAAAAAUAUUAUGCUUAAUGUUGAGACUUCACCUGUUAAAAAUACUGUUAGAGACAAGAAAGAACCAAAAUAUUAUAGUUAUAAAAUACUGUUUGCAAAAUCUUUAUAUUUUGUUUAAAAAUAAAUUUAAUAUUAAUAAUAAUGUGCUUAAAACAUAAUUAUACUUACUUGUAUUUAACAUGCACUGCACACACUUAAACAUGCAUAUAUAAGUAUACAUGUACAGUACAUCUUGUGUUGCAGUGCUUGAAUAUUUGUAUGGAACCUCAAUUUAUCAGGUUUUGAGAAACUGGUAAAAAUAAUUUAAUAAAAGAUUUUUAUCAUUAGGAAAGAGCAGUAAUAUUAAAUUUAUUUUUAAUACGAAAAUCUACUUCAGCAUUUAAACUAAAAAUGAAACUUUAAAACAAAAUUAAAUAUUUACUAUUUUUCAAAUCAGUGCCAGGACAAAAAAAUUUCUGUGAUAUAAGGAUUCAGUCUAAACAAAAAUGAACUGAAACAUAAAAAUAUUCUUUAAAUGAAGGAAAUGUUCAAUCACAUUGACAAACUUGUAACAAUGGUUAUGAACUUGAACCCAAAGAGGGGGAGUGAUGCAAUAAUUAACUCAUUCUAUCAAGUAAAGGUUUUUAUUACUCAUGUUUUGUUUUCAACUUUAGUAUUACAGUUUCCCAUUACAUCUUAAUUUUAUCAAUACUAUUUUAAUAUGUGCCGUUAAUUCUUUAAACAAGAUUUAUAACAGUACUGCUUUUUAAAUGCUUGCCAUUUAUUUAAAUUGCUUCCCCCCCUCCCCUAUUAGUAAUUUAUUUUGAAGCGUUUUUAUUUGAUAAAUUACAAGUUUUUAAUUCAUAUUAUGUUAUAAUGUAAAGAAAGAUUUAUGAAAUAUGUCAACAAGCUUUAAUGAAAUCUUUAAACUAAUUGAUAAGUUAUGAAACUCAUUUUUUAUUUUGUUUAUGUGUGUGUGUAUGAAUGGAUUUAAUAAAAUUUUCAUGUGUUCUCCCAGCAUUUUCGUCACUGAUGUGUUUGUACAAAACUCAAUCCUAAUCGAAGUUAUUUGUCGUUAAGUGUUGUAUGCUUGAAUUACUGUAAAUGCAUCCUCCAUUUUAUGCUUGUACUAUACAGUAAACUUCCAAAUUUCUUUCAUUUAUUGUACUUCAGAAUAUAUAAAAAUCAGUAAAUUAUUUAUAUUUUUCUACUGUGAUCUCUGUGUUUACUUUUUUCCCCCUGUUUCCUAUUAUAAUGUUGCUUUUGAGAGGAAAGAUAAAGAGUAGAACAAAAAGAGGAAUCAAAAUGCCAUCUACCGUGAUUGUCGAAGGUUUAUCUCAUGCCUUGUUUGUGUGGAAAGUCUAUGCAUAUCAUCACAAAAAUGCUGAACAUUUUUGCUUUGCAAUUUUUAAUUACUUCUGCUAUUAUUGCUAAGGAGUGAGAAAAAACCUUUUGUGAAAGUACUUUAUUUUUGUUCAAAACACUUGAACCCUGAAAAGUAAGUACAGUCAACUCUCAAUAACUCUAAGUGCCAAGGGACCGGCUAAAACAUUCGAGUUAUGGGAAGUUUCCACUAGAGUUUGGGACCAUGGGACUUGAGGAAAACUUUGAGAUAAAGGAGUAUUUGAGUUAUCGAGAUUUAACUGUAAAUAAACUAAUAAAAGAAAGAAGAAAUGCAUCAAAACAUAAUUUUGGAUCUUAGUUCUAAAAAUAUAUAUAUGUUACAGUAAAAGAGACUAAAAUUGGACAACGUUGACUUUCUCCUGUGAUUCACAGGAAAUAUUCGGUCCUCCACCAAUAUUUUUAUUUAGUACCCUUUACCAGAUUUCUGACUUUCACAGUAACAUAUAUGCUGCAGACAGUAUGUAAAAUGCUUCAUUUAGAAAAAAAGAGUAUCCUGAAAGUUCCAAGUUUUGAUUGUAUGAUUUAUAUGAUGAAACAAGGAUCUUUCUGAAGUGAAAUUUUAGGAAAAUUAAUCUCCAGUAGUAUGCAUAUCUUCUGAAACAUUGUUAUUGGUUUUGUUCUUCUUGUGAGACUCUCUUCAAAUGGUGGCACACUUUAUCAUAUUUGCCCCCCCCCCCUCAUCAUUAAGUGUCACACUUGACUUUACCCCCUUCCCUUUUUACAUGUAUUACUAUAAUAAACAUUGUUAUGGAAAAAUGAGUGAUGUCACACUUCUUAUUACCCUUUCUCUUCCUUCUCUUUGCAAACUCCAAAUUUUCUGCUCCCCCCCCCCCCCCAACCGUGACAUCAUUUGUGUAUGAUCACUUAUGAAAAUGAAAUGAAAAAAGUGCCCUUCAAUUUUUAAGAACUAAUGGAAAGCAUAACCCUGAGAUGCCACAUGUUUCCCUAAUUAACAUACCAAAUUACUAAUUAAAAAAAAUUAAGAUGCUAUUUAGUCAACUUUGAACCUGUAGAUUGCAUUUUUAGUGCCAAUAAGAAAAUAAAAAUAGAGAUAUUUUUUCAUCA